GCUGGCCUGGCGACAUUCCACCAGGUAUUGAUGGUUGUGGGCAGGUAUCAUGUCUUCUGAGAAACCUGCUCUGACAGUCGGCCCAAUGAGCGGCCCUGGAGUCUUUUGUUCCUCUCGGUAGGGGCAGGAGGAUAAUGGGUGUGAAAAGUAGAAGUUUGACUCAUUGAAACAACAGACAAGGCCAACAGACAGAACUGGUUUGGGCACCGUUGAGCAGAAUUCAGUUGUGGCCCAGGUGUAUGUGAGUGGCGAGAACGCAAGCACAGAAGUUGGGAGACUCUGGCCUGAGCGCUGCCUAGUGAGGGCACUGGGACGGCAGGAUGCCCCCUCCACCACCCCCUCCCCCUCCGGGACCCCCACCACCCCCCACGUUCAACCAGGCAAACACUACUGCACCCAAACUCAACAGGGAUGAAGCCAAAGGGCGAGGGGCACUGCUCAAUGACAUAUGCAGUGGGGCCAGACUCAAGAAGGUGGCCGCGGUCAAUGACAGGAGUGCACCCAUCAUAGAGAAAUCUAAAGGGGGUGGAGGUGGAUCGUCAGGAGGAGGAGGAGGAGGUGGUGGUGGACCCAUGCCAAUGGGAGGCCUGUUUGCAGGAGGCGUGCCCAAGCUUCGGCCAGUCGGAGACGGCACAGUGGGCAGAUCGGCUCUCCGACCCCCCGGCUCUCGCCCCUCAGCUCCCCGCCCACCUGGUCGGGCCGCGUCCCCCGCAGGUCGUCACGGCGACAGUGACCGCUCCUCACCCCCACCCCAGCCUCGCUCCCAGCGACCCUCUCUCCCCGACAUCACCCGGCCCUCAAACGGAGGCAGCUCUCUCUCAUCUUCCUCUUCCUCUUCCUCUGUUGGAGGCAUGAAGCCCAGCUCCUCCGCCCCUCCUCCUCCGCCUCCCUUCAAUCGCCGCGGAAACCCUUCACCCAAUCCGACGCCCGGCCCCAAGCCUCCUCCUAGUAACUCGUCCCAUAGCCGGGACAAACCCCUCCCACGCACUCCGCACCAUUCCACCAGCAACUCGAGGCACCCUCCCAUGACGCGCUCGUCUUCCUCAUCCUCGUCCUCCGUCUCUUCUUCCGCUCCUCCGCCGCCUCCGCCUUACCGACAGUCCCCCUCGGGCGCCAACGGCGACCCGGCCCCCAUGCUUCCGCAGAGGAGGAACUCGCUGCACAAGGGCAGCCACGCCCGGACCCAGGCGCCGCCCCCUCCGCCGGCGUUUAACCCAUCAGGCCAGGGAGGACGGCCGCCACCUCCUGCUCGCGAUCCGCCAGGACGGAGAUCAGCUCCUCAGCUUCCACCAUCCAGCUCUCGAAACGGCAGUCGUGACGCACCCCCUCUCCCGCCCCCUUACCGGGUGCACGGCUCCGCCGCCGAGCCUCCCGCCCGCGCCGAGCCUCCCGCCCGCGCCGAGCCACCCGGCCGUGCCAAGCCUACACCACCCCUCUCCUCUCGGACCCCGGCCCAACCCCCGCCUCCCCCUCCACCCAUCCGGAAUGGCCACUCCACCCCUGUGAGCCACUCCAGGAGCUCUGCGGAUGACUUUGAGUCCAAGUUCAAUUUCCAUUCCAUUGAAGACCUCCCGCCUCCUGAAGAGUAUGUGCACUUCAGCAAGGCCUACCCAAGCAAACUGAAUAGAGGUAUUUCCAGGGGAGCGCCUCCAGCACCUCCCAUUUUCAGGUGAACAACUUUAAGACUCGGGACGAGGACUCGACCAGAUAAACCAAUGCACCGCUCCCUCGUCUUUAAAGGAAGAACAGUCUCUCCGAGUCAAUCUGACUUGCCUGCUUUCUCUCUCUUUCACUUUAUCUCUCUCUCUCUUCCUCUCUUCCUAUUCCUACCUCCGUGUCACUUGUUUUCUCUCACUACACAGACUGUUUACCCAGAGAAGACACUCUUGACCACCAGCCCGAGCCCAAGACAAUCAUUUUCUGACCCUGUUUUUUUUCCGACUCGUCUUUGAAAAAACGGUGCUCUUGAACUGCGCCAACUGCACACUACACUUGAAGAUAACAAAGCAAUAACAGACUUUGCCCUGCUUAAGGCCAAUAGCGCUGGCGUCUUGUGACAUACAAAAAGUCAUGCCUGGCCCUUCCCUCCCCUGUAGUUGUAUGGACUGGCACAGUCAACUACUUGGCCAUGAAAAUAUACUUAUUUAUGAUUGGAAGCACUUAUCAACUAAAUCUUCAUGUGCUUCCCAAGAAAAUAAAAAAGGGGCUGAUCCUAGGGAACUUGGAGAUGGAAAAUGUGGAACUUAUCCUGAUAUUAUCCUGAUCUGAUUUUGUUUGUUGGUUGGUUGGGUUUACUGGACCAUCAUCCUCAUGGUGGUUCUCGCUGUGGGACAAUCAUUCCUUUUCAAAGAUCACACGUUGCCUUUCAAAUUCUUUGUCAAUAUUUAAUGAUAUCGUAAUUUUCUCUUCCCUGUCACUGUUGACACACACACACACGCACACACACACACACCCACACACGACACCACGGUUAUAGCUUUGACACAGCAGUGCUGUAGGUCCUGUUGUUUACCUCUCUCCUUCCUCCACUGCACAGUUAGGGUUGUAUAAUGGAGUGGCACGCACGCCAAAACUCAUGCCAGUGAUGGACGUUUGUUGUUUGUGAUAUAGAGGGCGGAUUCAUGUCAUGUCUGUCGAGUGGCUGGGUUGCAUCUCAGGCAUGGUUCCUUGAGUUGUUUGUCAAGAUUAUAUAUUUGCACAAUGUUAAAAUGUGUACACAUUGGAAACGUAUGCUUCGUAAUACCCCAUUUCCCCCCCCCCCCCUACCUGUGUUCGGUUGACUUUAUAUCUACGAUCCACUCAAGUAAAUAAACACUUUUAUAAUCAUAAUAAACUGACAAAGAAAUCUA